CGGAAGUCGGUUUAAAGGAAGCUUUUUCUAUUCCGUCCAGAACCAUUUGGACCAGGUGAACAUUGGAAGCGGCUUUUUCAACUUCGCUGAGAUCUUACUAAUAUGGCAAAAAAGUCUUACGACGCACUGUUUAAAAUUCUACUUAUUGGAGAUUCUGGUGUUGGCAAAACUUGCCUACUCGUUCGUUAUGUAGAAGAGUCUUUUGUACCAACCUUCAUUUCGACAAUAGGAAUCGAUUUUAAGAUCAAAACAAUUGAGUUAGAAGGAAAGAAAAUAAAGCUUCAGAUAUGGGAUACUGCAGGCCAGGAACGCUUUCACACGAUUACUUCCUCUUACUAUCGUGGUGCUAUGGGUAUAAUGUUGAUAUACGAUAUUACCAGUCGCCAAACGUUUGAUAACAUCCAGACCUGGAUGAAUAGAACUUUUUCUUUAGCAUCAAACGAGGUUGAGAAGUUGCUGAUUGCUAAUAAGUGUGACAUGGCGCAUAACCGAGUUGUAUCUUAUGAAGAGGGUUGGAGAAAAGCAGAGGAAUAUGGGAUUGGUUUUCUGGAAACAAGUGCGAAGUCAUCAACAAAUGUACACAAGGCCUUCGAGGAUUUAACUCGCGCCAUCCUCCAUAACAGCUCUAUACGUAGACAUGAGUCAUCUACGGUGACUCAGGUCCACCGGUUAGUCGAACCUCCGAAUUCCAUUUCUGGAACAUGCUGUAGUACAGGAUAGUCCUUCCAGUGAUUAUUUUCCUCACCGUUUUCCUUUCAAUAUUAACUUAUAGUAAUGCUUAUAAAUACAAUGUUACGAUUCAUCAUAAGAUCCAUAUUUUCGGCCUCCAAAAGACAUUCAGAGUUUUAGUUUCUGUCGUAAUUUUGGUUUAAUCUUUGUGUAGAGGUGCUUCUGUCAUAUUCUGGAUCUACGAUUUUGCGUUCGGUUGUGAUGAUACACUUGCGCUAGCGUUGAAAUUCCUUGUUAUACAACACUAAAUGUUUUUUCAUCUCAUAUGAAACCUACAAAGCCAAUUAGUCACCAUUUACUUUUUAAAUGUAAAUAUAUUUGGAUUCUUAUAUCUGACUUUUUGUCUGCAUAAAACCACUUAUCUAUGUCUCUCGGCUUCGAGUAUAUGACUAGUUAUUUUGUUUCAUUUUGUGUUUCUUGGAAUUGUACUAAGAUUGCUUUUAUUUACUAACUUUCCCGUUCAUCAUUCCCUACCUUCACAAUCCACGUGGUGUAUAUGUUGAUUUUUGGGGGUUGUAAAAGUAAUAUUAAAAGAAUAAUUAAAGCCAAGUACUUAUAUAA